AGAAACGUCAAAAAGUAAAUAAUCAAAUCUACUAACGGCUAACCUAAAUUAUUGUUUUGUAAAUUUUUUAGAUUUUUUACGUUAUAAUAUUAACAGUAAUGAUUUAUUGAAAGCUUUUUUGUGGUGUUGUACCUCAGUUAUGACACAUCCUUUUUCAAACAUUUCGAACGAUGUACCAAUUUGUGAAAAAUUUUUAACAAGGUUUUUGUCCAAAGAGAACCCAAGAACAAGAACCCCUGCCGCAUUAUCAGUUAGAAGUAGAGAAAGGAGCAGUAGGACUGUUUCGUCAAGCAACCAAAAUGAGUUAAUGAAAUGUCGACCAAAUGUGAAACAACAAAAUUUUCCUUUGCCAGGUAAACACAGAAAUCCUUUUCAAAUCAAUCAGUGUUCAGAUCAUCCCAUUCAAGAUAAAAUGAAUACAAGGCCAAGAUCUAGAUCUUCUGCAGUGGAUACUGGCACAUGGGAUCAAGCAUUAAAAAAUCAAAAAAGUGGAGAUAAAAUCUCAAUUUUUGGAAACUUUGAUCCUCUUCGAACUCUACAUUUCCUUGCCAAAGAAUUACAAUUUCAGCUUCAAAGUGUAUUGCCAGAGGAUAACACAAUACAACAAAUGGUUAAAGAUAUGCAAUAUGCGUUGAAAAGGAUACCUCCAGAAAUUGCUUCAACAAUUCAUUUACAGCAAGCUUUUGAUUCACGACCUAGAAGUACUAGUCAUACUAAUAUAAGACCUGAGAAAUUAUGUGUUCAUACUGUUGAUUGUGGUGUCCAAACUGUGCCUCUCAAACCUGUUGAAAAUAAUGAAAGGUUGCAACAAAGAAUGGAAGAAGGCACAUUAAAACUAGAAAAAAGCUGUAAAGAUAUGGAAAGGCUUUGUGUCGAGCUGACGAAUGAAAAAACUAAAUUGGAAGGUCACUUAGUUGAAGCUAAACGUAGCGACAAAGCUUUAAAAAAGAAGAUAUUAGAUUUGGAACUAGAAAACAACGAAAUUCUAACACCACGUGUAAAACAACUUGAAGACGAAAAGCAAAAACUGGAAACCAAAUUAAAAACAGUUACAGCCAAACUAGAAACAGUAUUGCAGCAUUCAUCAAACGAUCUCAAGUCCCAAAUUUCCGAACUGAAAAGUCAGAAAAACGGCCUAGAACAGAAAUGUAUUAGCUUAAAGCAUCAAAUAGAAGUAGCUGCGUUAGAACGAGAAAAGUUCGUCGCCAUUUUGGAUUUAAGAAAUUCUCAAAUCAACGAGAUCCGUUCCGAAAUGAAUCAGUUGCAAGAAGUUGUUAAUGAUCAACUUAUUGAAUUACACAAUCAUGCUUUUACGAAUGUAGUGAAGACUGGAAGCAAUAGCGAAGUUUUGAACUUGGAGAAGAUCCAUAUUGCAGAAAUAAACGGCUAUGCUGGUAGCGGUACUGUUUCUUCUAUAGACGAGCAAGAUCAUUUUACAUCUCUCCCGAAUACAUCUUUAAAUCAGCAGUUUAAGAACGGCAAUGUUAAUUUUCAAAAGGAACCAGGGAUAAAGAAAUCAGUAUCAAAUUUUCCUAGUUAACCAUGGUACAAUUUUAACUCCUAACACAAUAAAAUAUUUGGAUGGCGGAUGGCGGGAUCGCUGUGAGGAAGACAGCAUGGAACCAACCUAUACAAUAUAAAACUGAACUGAGUGAAAAACAUUUCUGUGAUAAUUGUAUUUCUCAUUCAAUUGGUGUAAUUUUUAGAUAUUUGUUAAUAAAAUUAAAUCAAAGAAAUUUGGUUAGUUCUGUUCCUAGAAUAAGGCGAACAUGUACUUAAAUUAAUUGUAAACAAUGACGUAUUAGUAAAUAUUUGAGUUGAUUAAUAUAAAUUUGUACAAAUAAAA